AUGUCGACCGACGGAAGCGCCCAAUCGCCGCAGUGGUCCGACCUCGCCGACGACCUCCUUGGCAUGGUCCACCUCAGGCUUGCCUCUCCACGCGAUCGUCUGCGCCUUACUGCCGUCUGCAAGGCGUGGCGCACUGCUGUGUCGCGCCUCCCGGCGCCGCCGCCCACCCCCCUGCUGCUCCUGAUGCAGUGUGCCCGAUUACACAAGACGAAGCGCCUGUGCGGCCCCGACGACUGCUGGGUCAUGCGCGUUCCAGACAAGGCGGAAGGCAAGUUGUUCGUUGGAUCACACGGCGGCGGCUGGGUUGCUGCGCUCGACUGGUCGACGCUCCUGAUCGUAAACCUCUUCUCUGGUGCCGAGGUGGUGGUCUCUCCGGUAAGCUCGCCUAAUCCUAUCCAGACAGUCGAAUUCAAGAAAGUCAUCUUCUCUGAAGACCCCGCCUCCAGCAGUUGCAUCCUUGCCGCCAUCAAUCAUCGGCGGUCCUACAUUGCACUGUGCAAAGUUGGUGGCCACGAGAGCGGAUGGACCGUAGAAGAGAUGCAUGACAAGUCUAUUAUAGACAUCUCAUUUUGCAACGGCGAGCUCUAUGGUCUUAUGCAACCUAAUGAGCUCUAUGGUCUUAUGCAUCCUAAUGAGGAGCUGAUCAAGUUUAAAAUCAACAUGAAGGUAGACGGCACCCCGGUCAUCGCAUCUCGCCACCCGCUGGCCGUCGAAAGGCGCCACGGUCGCGAGAGAUGGGCGGGCCAUCUCAUCGAGCUACACGGCAAGCCAUCUAUGGCGAUACAUGACUGGUGGUUGCCCAACCGAAGGUCUUUCUACAAGGUCUUCACACUUGUCGACACCGAUAACGACAUGGCUUACAAGUAA